CCUGGUCUCACUGCUGAAUGCAGCUCAACAAGGUCCUGAAAGACCAGCAGAGGCCAGGAGAGCAGAUUAAGGAAAGGUCGAAGGAUUAUCGCCAGUGUGCAGUGUGUAGAUGGUAUGGGGUCCUCAGCUGGCUGAGUGUGAACAGAGUUCACCAACAGUCCAAGAACGAGGUUGUGAGCAGGGUUCCCCCACUCUGUCAUACUCUGCCGGCACCCCUGGUCAACUCUGGUUACUGCUGGUCAAUAUUGAUAACUGCUGGUCAGCACUGGACAACACUAAUAACUGCUGAUCAACGCUGUUAACUGCUAGUCAACACUGGUCAACGCUGUUAACUACUGGUCAACAAUGGUCAAUGGUGGUUACUGCUGGUCAACUUUGGUUACUACUGGUCAAUGCUGGUAACUGCUGGUAGGUGCUGGUAACUGUAGGUCAACACUGACCAACACUGAUAUCUGCUGGUUAACAUUGCUAACUGCUGGUCAACAUUGCUAACUGCUGGUCAACACUGGACAACACUGGUAACUGCUGGUCAAUAGUAGCCAACAUUAUUUGGGACUAUGAGGAGCAGAAGCAAUUCAGGUGUUCGACUGGAUGGAUAUGCGAGAUUGGUACAGCAAACCAUUCUUUGUCACCAGAACCCUGUCACAGGACUGCUGCCAGCCAGUAUAGAUCAGAAAGAUGCUUGGGUGCGAGAUAAUGUCUACAGCAUUCUGGCAAUAUGGGGCCUGGGAUUAGCAUAUCGCAAGAAUGCAGACCGAGAUGAAGACAAAGCUAAAGCCUAUGAACUCGAGCAGAGCGUUGUGAAGUUGAUGAGAGGCCUCCUUCAGUGCAUGAUAAGGCAGGUGGAAAAAGUUGAAAAGUUUAAACGAACUCAAAGCACAAAGGACUCUCUCCAUGCCAAAUACAACACCUCCACAUGUGCUACAGUGGUUGGUGACGAUGAGUGGGGCCAUCUCCAGGUGGAUGCUACUUCCCUCUAUCUGUUAUUUUUGGCCCAAAUGACAGCCUCGGGGUUACGUAUCAUUUUCACCCUUGAUGAAGUAUCGUUUAUACAGAACCUGGUAUUUUACAUCGAAGCUGCCUAUAAAGUUGCUGAUUAUGGCAUGUGGGAGCGUGGAGAUAAAACAAACCAAGGAAUUGCGGAGCUGAACGCAAGUUCUGUGGGCAUGGCCAAGGCAGCCCUGGAGGCAAUUGAUGAACUGGAUUUGUUUGGUGCCCGGGGAGGCCCCAAGUCAGUCAUUCAUGUUCUUCCUGAUGAAGUUCAGCAUUGCCAGUCCAUUCUCCUUUCUAUGUUACCCAGAGCUUCAACAUCAAAGGAGAUUGACGCUGGGCUUCUCUCCAUUAUUUCCUACCCUGCUUUUGCUGUGGAGGACAUUGAUCUUGUGAAUGUGACAAAGAAUGAAAUAAUUACAAAAUUGCAGGGGCGGUAUGGCUGCUGUCGAUUUUUGAGAGAUGGCUACAAAACUCCAAGAGAGGAUCCUAGCAGACUGCAUUACGAUUCUGCUGAACUUCAGUUGUUUGAAAACAUUGAAUGUGAAUGGCCUGUAUUCUGGACCUAUCUCCUCAUUGAUGGGGUAUUUAGAGAAGACAAAGUGCAGAUUGAAGAGUACAGAGAGACCCUGGAAGAAAUCCUUAUAAGAGAACAGAAUGGCAUACGUCUGGUCCCAGAGCUAUACGCUGUUCCUGCUGAAAAGGUGGAUGAAGAAUAUAAGAACCCACAUACCGUGGACAGAACUGUGAAAGGAAAAUUGCCUCACAUGUGGGGGCAAUCUUUAUAUAUCCUCGGGACUCUCCUGGCUGAGGGAUUUCUCGCCCCUGGGGAGAUUGAUCCUUUAAGCCGAAGAUUGUCGACCAUUGGCAGGCCUGAUGUUGUGGUGCAAGUGUCAAUAUUGGCAGAAACAGAAAAGAUAAAGAACAUUUUAGCAAAGCAUAACUUGCAUGUAGACGGUGUUUGCGAUGUUCUUCCUAUCAGGGUACAGCCAGGAAGAAUUCUAAGUCACAUCUAUGCAAAACUAGGGUGCAACAGGAAACUGAAACUUAGCGGACGACCCUACAGACAUAUUGGUGUCCUUGGUACAUCUAAAUUAUAUGUGAUUAGAAAUCAGACCUUCACUUUUACUCCACAGUUUAUUGAUCAGCAUCAGUUCUAUUUGGCCCUGGACAAUCGGAUGAUUGUGGAAAUGCUCCGCACUGACCUCGCAUACCUUUUCUCAUGCUGGAAGGUGACAGGACGGCCAACAGUCACGUUUCCAAUCACACAGAGCAUGCUAUCUGAGGAUGGAGCAGAUAUUGACUCAAAUAUUCUUUGUACUCUUCGAAAACUACAGGAUGGAUACUUUGGUGGGGCCAGAGUAAAAACUGGCAAAUUAUCUGAAUUUCUGAUUACCUCGUGCUACACACAUCUGAGUUUCUUGGACCCAGGACCUGAUGGUCUUCUGUUGGAUGAUUAUCUUAGUGAAGACAGUGGCAGCCGGAAUGAUGAUGUGGAAGAAGCUGUAUCUGUGCACAAUUCAUGCUAUAGGAAUGAUGUUGAUAUUCAAGAUGAGCUUGUGCAGUAUAUAAAUCAUCUGCUACAAAGCACGACCCCUGUGUCAAAGCGACUGCCUCCAAUAUCCGAAAACCCAGGGAUGCAUCACGUGUUUGAGGCUGAGCACACCACAAGGGACAUAAUAUCGAUGGUGGCCAAAGCAAAGGGACUGGAGUUACCAAAUGUCUCCAUGUACUUGCCCAUUAAAGUUCCAAUUACUCAGCAGAAACCUCUGAACCUACUGGAAGUACCAAAGUCACAGCCACAGAAGAAAUUGGAUCAUCGCGUGGAUCUCAGCUUACCCAAGGAUGCUCAUGGAGAGGUUGACAUUGCAUCAUUGGUUGAGCAGCUGAAAGAAUGCCCCACACUCCAGGACCAGGCGAACAUAUUAUACAUCCUGUAUGUCAUUAAGGGCCCUGACUGGAACACGAAUGUUGGGGGGCAGAAUUGUGCAACAGUUCAAAGCCUGAUGACCGAAUUGUACAGUAAGGCUGGCCAGAACCGCGACUGGGGAUUAAUCCGCUACAUUUCAGGCAUGCUGAGAAAAAGGAUUGAGAUUCUUGCUGAGGCUUGUACAUCCCUGCUGUCACAUCAGAAGCAACUGACUGUUGGUCUUCCCCCAGAGCCACGUGAGCAAACCAUCAUAACACCUCUGCCACCCAAUGAACUAGCACAGCUUAUUUAUGAAGCAAGUGGACAAGACAUUAGCUUAGCAGUUCUUACCCAGGAGAUCAUGGUUUACCUUGCGAUGUACAUCAGGACAGAGCCUUGUCUCUUUGCAGAAAUGCUCAGGCUGAGAAUUGGACUGAUCAUUCAGGUGAUGGCCACAGAGCUUGCUUAUAGCCUCAGUUGUUCAGGGGAAGAGGCUUCCGAGCAUUUGAUGAAUCUGAGCCCUUUUGACAUGAAGAAACUUCUGCAUCAUAUUCUAAGUGGAAAGGAAUUUGGGGUAGAGAAAAGUGUACAAGCAAUCGAUUCCACUGCCAUCAGUCCAGUUAUUUCUAUUCACGAAAUUGGCCAUGCAGGUGUCACAAAAACAGAGAGAACUGGUAUUAGCAAACUAAAGAGUGAAAUGAAACAGAUGGAUAGUGUUCAAAAUCCUAGCAUGUUUGCUGAUCAGUUCUUUUGCAGUGCAAGUUCAUUAGGGUCCAGCAUUCAGUCUACCAGAGCAAUGCGAUGCAGUGGUCCUUCAUCUCCCACAGCCACUGCAUCCCCCGUAGGCUCCUUCUGUACUCGUUUGACAUGGAAUGACCGCCAGGGCCAGUGGUUGCGUAGACGACGCCUCGAUGGAGCCAUUAACCGUGUUCCCAUGGGUUUCUAUCAAAAAGUCUGGAGUGUUUUACGGAAGUGCCAUGGUCUUUCUAUUGAUGGCUAUGUCCUUCCUUCUUCAACCACAAGAGAGAUGACGCCUCAAGAGAUCAAAUUUGCCGUUCACGUGGAAUCUGUUUUGAACCAUGUUCCUCAGCCUGAAUACAGACAGCUUCUUGUGGAGACGAUACAGGUUCUCACUGUGCUAGCAGACCUGGAGGUUCACAGCAUUGGUGGUAUAAUCUGUGUGGACCACAUAGUGCAGAUGGCCAAUGAAUACUUUUUGCAGGAUCAGAAAUCCCUUGGCGCAAGUGAUUCUUUGUUGGAGCUUGACUCAGCCACAAGAGUUUGCAACUUGUUUUAUGAUAGUGCUCCAAGUGGAAGCUAUGGCACCAUGACUUAUUUGACAAAAGCUGUCUCUACUUAUGUACAAGACUUCCUGCCGAGCACUGGCUGCUUCAUGCAAUAGUAAUGCUGAUGUUGCAUAGUAAAUACCUUUCCAAAGAAAGAGAGGAAACAGGUGUGAGAAAAAGCCUGGAAGUAAUUUAAAGACAAGGUUAAUGCCAGUGAAGGUGGUUUUGUGUCUUCUUUCCUGAGGUCCUUCUAAAAGACUUCCAAACGUCCCUAAUUCUGAAGCCUCAAGCUUUCCAAUUGUUUCGAUUCUUUCCAUUCGAAACGGCGCUGCUUUGUGUGUGUUUGUUCCUAACCUAAUGCCUGAGACAUUCUUCAAUGCAACAAUGUUCUUAAAUCACAAAUUGUAGCCAGCCUGUGGUUAAGCUUUCGAACAAUGGAAUAACAUUGCAUUUAAGCUGUGUUUAUAUUUCUAAGCAUGUGAAUAAAGUCGAGGAAUGCA